AUGAGGUACAUACGUAUCGAUGGUCAAUAUAUUCCAAAACACUGCAUAUAUGGACCUCGUCCAUUGGAGGGUGUUGUUUUAAAUGGUUUCGAAUGGUGUAGGAUGAACGAUUAUUUUUAUAAAGAACAAAGGGAAAAAGAAUAUGCAUCCACAAUAAGGGAAAAAGAAAAUUUAAAAAAAGAAGCUUCUUUGCAAAUGACAAGAAACUGGAACAAUACAUUAUCGAGUAUAAAAACAUUAACUGAACAAAGAAGAAUUGAAAAACAUGAAAGAGAAAAACAAAAGAAAAUCGAUGAAUACAACGAAAUAAUAAAAAAUAAAGAAGAAGAAGAAAGCAAAAUUUUAUUAGAUGUUAAAAAAAUAUAUUAUGAAGACAGAGAUGCAUCGAAAACCAUAAAAUCAGGGAUAUUAUAUUCUUUAGUUUUAAAAGAACGAGAAAAGCAAUUACAAUUGAAAAAUGAGUUGAAAUUAGAAAAACAGAAAAAAGAUAUGGAAUGGGCAAAAAAAUUUCAAGAGGAAGCAGAAGAAUUUCAAAAAAUAAAAUUAGAAGAAAAAUUACAGGAAAAAAUGAAAAAGAAAUUAUAUAAAGAAAUGUUGGAUGAACAGAUGGAAGAAAAAAAACUUCGAAAAAAAGAAGAAGAAAUUGAAUUUGAAAGACAAAAACAAGAUUUGAUAAAUAUGAGAAUUGAAAUGGAAAAAAUUCGGGAGUGUAAUAUAAUUGAGAAAAAGUCGAAGAAAGAUUUUAUGGCGAGUUAUAUAAGGAAACCUGAAAGUCAGUUGGAAUACGAGAGAAAUUUAAUUUUAGAACAAGAAGAGGAAGAUGAAAUAAAUAAGAUUUAUAUGAAUUACGCUCAACGAUUUCAAAAAGAGAGAAAAGAAAAAGAGAAAUUUAUAUUGAAAAAUAAAAUUGCGAAACGUGAAAAAACUUCAUCGGAUUUGGCCAUUAAAUUACAAGAACUUUGGGAAAAAAAUAAAAAAAUUCACGGCGUAUGUGAAGUAGAAACGUUUUUUUUCGGUGAAGAAAAAGAACGUCCGAAAAAAUCUUGUGAAAUUUACGAACAAAUGAAAAAAGAUGAAGAAAAUUUAAAAAGGAAACGACUUGAAGCCAAAGAAGCCAUCAAAUGGGAAGCCAUUCAAGUGUGCAGAAGAAAUGAAAUGAAUAAAAAAUGGAAGGAAGAUUUCGAGAAAAAAAUAAGAGAAAAACAAAGAGCGGUUAGAGCUGAUUUGGAUCAACAGUGUAGAGAAAAAGAAGAAAUGAGAAAAGCUGAAUAUUUGAAAGAAAUGUCAGAAAUGAUUGAAAAUAAUAAUAGGCUCAUCGAAGAUGAGCUUGAAUAUUGCGAAGAAGGUUUGAGAUUUGUCAAGGAACAAAAUUUGCCACCUUAUCCUGUUUUAUGGGCCGUUGCGAAAAAAAAUGGAACGUGGAAGGACAAUAACGAAACUCAGAAAAAAGACGAAGAAGAAAAAAAAGAAGUUGAUAGAAGAACUUUGCAAAUUCUUAGAGAUAAUGGAUGUUACUGUUUUAAAUACUGA